UUUCAGCAUGAGUGCACUCCUCCUCUCGUAGCUGACCGCGACACACUCUUCCAGCUAGCCUGUCCGGCAUGCCGAUGCUCCUGCCUUCAGGCUGGCUCCUCAUCGCCAACUUCAUUCUUAUCGUGUUUGCCCAGUCUGGCGGCGACGAGUGGCGACUCUAUCCAGUCUAUUCGGGAAUCUGUCAACUGCAGCGCAAUAUCCAUCUCGUAUUCGACAGUGGCUGGCAGAAACCGGUCGAUGAGCGCCGCGAACACCUCGACCUUAUGAUUGUGCAUGAAGAGGCAGGCUAUAGCAUCAACUUUCUCAACACCCAAGGGGUCCACGCCAGCUGUUCAAGGCCCCAAGUGACACAAAACCCGAAGCAUACCGUCGUCACCAUUUGGGCCGACGUCUACGCUCGUCCGCUCAAUUCGGCUCAACACGCUCUCUGUUGCGUUUUACGCAUGACGAGCAUCUUCCAGGUCUAUCUCGAUACUCGAACCGUUGUCCCCAUUCCCGACGUAGCUCCAACCGGCAGGCUCGUCUGUACGCCAGACUUCCAUCGACCGGGCUGCAAUCGCGAGUCACUCUGGCCUCCCACUCCAGAUAUAUCGCCCGACGAUAUGUGUCUCUGGACAGAGCACGGAGAGCUUUCCUGGGCAGACUUUCCAUUCGACAGACAGAUGCGCAAAGGAUCGUGGUUUGGACUGAUCAGCCUGAUCGCUGUCGCACGCUCAGCGGUGAUAAGCGACUAUGUCCCAGCUUAUAUCACCCACGACUGGAUCCUCACUGCGACCUACCGGGCGUCUGUUGCCAUCACGCCCGGCUUUGCGCUCCAAUUCCAGAGCGUGAAGCUGGACAGAAUGCGCACAGAAAGAGUCGAACUCGUCGUCCAGGAAACAACGCUGAGCGAUCCAACAGUGCGUGUGCAAUGGUCGAUCGCAACUGUCACUGGGUGGGGCGCUAGUGCCCGAUUCACGAAAGUAUCAGAACUGCCAAACACUAAAGAGAUGGUCUCCAAGGCGAGAAUUAUCGCAUACGCCCGACCAAUCAAUUCGAACGAUUAUGCUGCAUGUUGCGCGCUCGUCAUCACGAGCUAUCCGACGCUUGCUUUGAAUAGUCAGCGCAUUUACAAUCCACCGUUUGUACCCAGGGCGACCGCUCGCUUGCAGUGCACGCCGGACUUUUACCGUCCGGGCUGUAAUCGAGCCAACCUGUUUCCUCCUCCGCCGGAUUUCGGCCGCGAAGAAGACGUCAGAUGGACACAGCCCUUCCUGUGGCAAGGCACGUCAAUCGACUUCUCGGUCAGCUGA